AUGGAUGCUAUUGAAGGGAGGAACAGACAGAAGCUUGACGGUCGCAACAUCACCAUGAACGAGGCUCAGUCCCGUGGAAACAAUGGCGGUGGCGGUGGAGGGCGUGGUGGAAGAAGCGGUGGAUACCGCAGUGGAGGCGGUGGUGGUUGUAGAGGCGAUGGUGGAAGACGUGAGUAUGGAUACAAUGGUGGUGGUUGGUGGAGGUGGCUCCCGAAUCUUCAUCCACAAAACCUUGAACAUAAGACCUCGUCCACAAGAUCUUCAUCCACAAAACCUUGA